AUCCAGAGGGACAGAGACGUCUUCUCACCUGCUCAGCCCUGCCCUGAACCCAGCUCGCCCACAUGUACAGACGUCCUCCCAGAGACAGACGAGUGUGUGUCGCUCUGUUUGACACACCAAGACAGUCUGAAGGUCCAUCCUGAGCCGGGUGACUGUGUCUUUAAAAAGCCUGCAGACCCUCCCCCCCGUGGAGGGGUGUGUGUCUCCUGGUCCUCCACAGAUGAAGCCUAUCCUGGUGAGGACCCUCUGGACCCAGCGGCCCCUCGGACCUCCAGGCUGUCCUGGAAGUCUGAAACAGAGGACCGAGGACGAGGAGAAGAAGAGGACCAGCUUACAGAGAAUCCCGUCUCCUCAACCGUCAUGCGAGCGUCCGUCCGCUCUCUCUCUCCACUCCGACGUCACAGCUGGGAGCCGGCCGCCGCGGAGAGUGACAUCACAGCCAGCAGCCUUCUGAAGAGCCAAUCAGGAGAGAGCAAGAGAGCCAAGAACCCCCUGCACAGGAGAAGCAUGAGCUGGUGUCCAUCCAACCUGCAUCUCCCUGAUCCUCUGCAGCAGCACAUAGACAACAGGAGCUACAGUCUGGAGGGUCUGGAGGAGAGGGGGAUGCUGCAGACUCAAUUUCCCAGCAUCCUCUCUGAUCAGCAGGAGAGGAGUUCAGGGAGGAGAGAAGAGAGAGGUUCGCUGCUGUCCCUCACUGAGGAGGAGCAGGAAGGAGACGCCUGCAGCCUCCACAGCCAGUCGUCACAUCAGGUGCUGUCAGUGACCAACAGCUGUCCUGCCAUGUUUCACCACCAAACCCUCACCAAAUCCAUCUCCAUGGUAACCAUCAGAGACAUAGGUGGGGGCAGCUCGUUCUGCAGUAACUCUGGCUCACUGGAGUACAGUAUUUCAGAGGAGGAGCCCGGCCCCCUGCGGAGCAACACUGAGGGAAAAGGAGGCCCUAAAAUCAGCCGCACGUUCAGCUACCUCCGCAACAAGAUGACCAAGAAAGGAAAGGAGAAAGAGAAGGAGAAGAGAGGAGAGAGGGAGCGAGAGAGUAAAGAGAAGAAGAGUGUGAACGGUCAUCUCUUCAUGUCGGUCGGUCCGUCUCCAUCUGCGGUGUGUCGGCUCUGCAGCAAACCUCUGAACAACAAGGACGCCUUCAUCUGUAACAACUGUGGAGUUUAUGUCCAUAAGAGCUGCAGAGAGAGUCUGUCUGUGUGUUCAAAGAACAAAACAAAGCUGCAGACUGCGGGGCCUGAAGCUGCUCCUGGAUCAGCUGUGAACAUGAGGAGUAAAUCGACAUCUUCAGCAUCGUCUGUAUCAUCAGCAUCCUCCUCGUCGUCACGGGAACGCUGGUCAACCACCACCACGCCCGACGACCAGCUUCCUGUGCUGUUUCCAUGGAGACACCCCAGUAUCUUCAACACACACAGCAACCUGUCCAAGAGCAUCUCCACCAGCAACAUAGCAGGGUUGGAUGAAGUUCCUCUGAAAGGACUCAAGUUUCUGUCUCAGUCCACUGACUCUCUGCAUCAGAGCAGCAAAGUCAACGCCUCCACCGAGUCCCUGACCGAUGAAGGCACUGAGAUGAUGGACAGUCAGCUGAUGGGAGAGUUCGAGUGUGACGGUAAAGAUCUGGAGGCGGACUCUUGGAGCGGCUCGGUGGAUAAGAAGUUCCUGAAGGCGCUGAAGAAAGACGAGAUAAAGCGACAGGACGUGAUCUAUGAGCUGUAUCAGACAGAGUUCCACCACGUCAGGACGCUCAGGAUCAUGGCCGAGGUUUAUUCUAAAGGUCUUCAGAAGGAGCUGCAGCUGGACACGCCCACUCUGGACAAGAUGUUCCCCGUGUUGGAGGACCUGUUGGACGUUCACUCUGUGUUCCUCAGCCAGCUGCUGGAGAGGAAGAGAGCGUCUUCAUGUGAGGGACAAAACAACAACAGCUUCCUCAUCAGCAGCGUGGGCAGCGUCCUGCUGCAGCAGUUUUCAGGCUGCAGCGCUGAUCGCAUGAAGAAGGUCUACGGGAAGUUCUGCAGUCGCCAUAAUGAAGCUGUGAACCUUUACAAAGAUCUGCACGCCAAAGACAAACGCUUCCAGGCCUUCAUCAAGAGGAUGAUGAGCAGCAGCAUUGUGCGCAGGCUCAGUAUCCCAGAAUGCAUCCUGUUGGUCACUCAGAGGAUCACCAAGUAUCCUGUUCUAAUCCAGAGGAUCCUGCAGCACACCAAAGAGUCAGAAGAGGACCACAGCAGUGUGUGUGAGGCUCUGCGCUGUGUGAAGGAGCUCAUCACUUCUGUGGACAGUAAAGUCAACGAGCAGGAGAAGAAGCAGAGACUGAGGGAGGUGUACAGCCGCACUGACAGUAAGUCCAUCAUGAGGAUGAAGAGCGGUCAGAUGUUUGCUAAAGAGGAUCUGAUCAGAGGGAGGAGGCUGCUGCAUGACGGAGCGCUGCAGCUCAAGAACUCAGCUGGACGUCUCAAAGAGGUGCAGGCCAUGCUGCUGUCUGACGUGCUCGUGUUCCUGCAGGAGAAGGACACCAAAUAUGUGUUCGCCUCUUUGGAUCAGCGCUCCACAGUCAUCUCUCUGCAGAACCUGAUCGUCAGAGAGGUGGCCAACGAGGAGCGAGGACUCUUUCUGAUCACGGCGGGCAUCGAGAGGCCGGAGAUGGUGGAGGUGCUCGCCAGCAGCAAGGAGGAGAGAAACACGUGGAGAGCUAUCAUACAGGACGCCAUGCACUGCAUAGAGAAAGACGAAGACGAGGGAGUCCCGAGUGAGACGGAGGAGGAUCGGAAACAGCAGGAGAGCAGAGCCAAGGAGAUCAGAGAGCUGCUGCGUCAGAAGGAUGAGCAGAUCGUCUCUCUGCUGGAGGAAAAGGUUCACAUCUUCAGAGACCUGGGAGACUGUAGCCCCGCCCCCGAUGACAGGACACCACCUGUCAGAGAGCGCAUGUUAUUCAGGGCCACUGCUGAUGAUGUCACAAAAGGGGAGCCAAUCAUAAAGGACGCUCUGAGGGAAGUGGAGACGCUGAGCGCUCUGGUCCAAAGUGGAGUAGGUGGAGCAGGGUGCAGUACCGCCGGCGGCCUGACAGGGGGCGGUGUUGGCCCUGUGUGUCUGCCCAGGAGAGCUGAGACGUUCGGAGGCUUCGACAGUCAUCAGAUGAACAUCAGCAAGAAUGGAGAAAAGGAGGAGGGGGAUGAAUCACUGGACCUCCGCAGGACUGAAUCAGACAGCGUGCUGAAGAAGGGAGCCACAGCCAGCCUGCAGAUGCUGCUGAAGAGAAACAAUGAGCAGGUUCAGCACAGUGUGACAUACCUGCACGACCUGCUGCUGUCCCUGCAGGCUGUGGUGGUCCAGCAGGACUCGUUCAUUGAGGACCAGCGUCAGGCCCUGAGCGACCGGCUCACUGCCAACUCCUCCAGGCACUCCUCCUCCUCCUCACUGUCCUCCUCUUCCUCCUCCCGGCCCUCCUCCCUCAUCGAGCAGGAGAAACACAGGAGUCUGGAGAGGCAGCGGCAGGAGGCGGCCAGCCUGCAGAAACAGCAGGCUGCUCACCAGGAGGAGAGGAGGAGGAGGGAGAAGGCGUGGGAGCUGAAGGAGAAGGGUCUGGCAGAGCGGGAGGAGAGGCUGAGGGUGGAGGAGGAGGACACCAGCAGGAGGCGUCAGGAGCUGGCGGAGGACAGAGAGACGCUGCAGAAGAAGAAGGAGGAGUACCAGAGGGAGCUGGAGAGGCUGAGGGAGGCACAGAGGAGGCUGGAGAGAGACAAGGAGGUGCUAAGGAGGGACACAGAGAGCCUGGAGGCCAUGAGGAGAGAGGAGUCAGAGCAGCUCCAGAGGUACCAGCGGACCCCCUCCACCACCUCUGAGGACUCCAUCAGGUUCCACAGCUCCGGAUCUCUGGAACUGGACUCAAAAGAAGCUGAAGAAACCAAAGAGGUGGUGCUCUCUUCCUCGGCACCGACCAAAGAACCUUUCCUCCGCAUCGGAUCCAAGAGGAUGGGUAAAAACUUUAACCCCUUUUCAUCCUCCUCAUCCUCGUCCUCCUCUAAAGCUCAGGGAGCAGAGAAGGAGUCCCAGCUACCCAGCAGACUACUGCAGCUGACCAAACCCAAAGAGAAGAAGGACAAGAAGAAGAAGAAGAGCAAAGACACAGAGAACAAGAUGGCGUCCGACCCUCAAAUCGACGGAGACAUCUUCUUCUGCUGAGGACAGAAAAACCUGCACACCUGAGCAGACAGCAGGUCCCAGACGGUCUCUGAUCUGUGGAUUUAAACCAUCAGUCUGGACUCUGCUCCCGUCCUCCUGUCACACACACACACACACACACACACACACACACACACAUACAGACAGACACACACACACACACACACACACA